AUUAUCAUAGAAGGCCGUGAACACCCCCUACCUCUACUUUGGGAUGUGGAAGACCACGUUUGCGUGGCAUACGGAGGACAUGGAUCUCUACAGCAUCAACUACCUGCAUUUUGGAGAGCCUAAAUCAUGGUAUGCUAUACCUCCAGAACACGGCAAGAGGCUGGAAAGAUUGGCCAAAGGAUUUUUUCCUGGGAGUUCUCAAGGAUGCGAUGCCUUCCUGCGACACAAGAUGACCCUCAUUUCACCGUCCAUCUUGAAAAAAUACAGCAUCCCUUUUGACCGGAUCACCCAGGAAGCUGGAGAAUUCAUGAUUACUUUUCCUUACGGCUACCACGCUGGGUUCAACCACGGAUUCAACUGCGCAGAAUCCACCAAUUUUGCCACCCUGCGAUGGAUCGAUUACGGCAAGAUGGCCACCCAGUGCACCUGUCGGAAAGACACCGUGAAGAUUUCUAUGGAUGUUUUUGUGCGGCUGCUACAGCCUGAGCGGUAUGACUUAUGGAAGCAAGGAAAGGACAACACGGUCUUGGAUCACAUGAAGCCCACCCCUUUAACAUCUCCUGAGCUGGAAGCAUGGAAUGAGACAAAAGAUACCUUGAAAGCAAAGAUGCUACGCAGGGCAAACAGGAAACGAAGCCAACCCCGAAGGCACAAGACCCAGGAUCAGAAGUCGCUCGUGGAUGCCAUGGCCAUGGACACUAACCUGGAUGAGGUGCCAGAGAAGGAGGACCAGAGGAGGGUCCCCAGCUUGGAUGAAGAAGAGAAAACAAAAGCGCCAGAAAGCAAAGAAGGAGAAUGCCGGCCGAAGGUGCGCAUCCCCAAAGCCAAAGGGGAGCGGAAGAAGAAGAAGCAGCUGCCAUUGCACAAACUCCUUCCUCCCCUGCUCCUGCCCCAGCCAUACCUGCCAAAGGAUGAGAAGUUGCAGCCCAGGCCUCCAGCGGGAGAAAGGCCUGUGGAGGCCAAGCACCAGGCCGAAGAUAGCCAGCUCCCCAUGCCCGACCUCAGCGCCCUCUCUUCCGAAAGCCCCGCCGAAGAGGACGAGUCCAAUCAACGCCCCAUCAUCCCCACGCUCUACGUGGUGCCUCAGUGCAAGAAGGAGAAGAAACGCCUGACCUGCCAGGAGGUCUUUGAGCGGUUUGUGAAGAAGGACCAGAUGCCCUCAUUGGAGCUGGACAGGAAAGACGACGACAGCAUCAACCGAGAGAACAAAGAGGGGCCUGCCGAGCCCAGCAAAUUGCAGACGACUUCUACUUUCUCCAAACUCAAAAUGGAGAUCAAGAAAAGCCGCCGUCACCCCCUGGGGAAGCCGCCCACCCGCUCCCCGUUGUCGGUGGUGAAGCAGGAAGCCUCCAGUGAUGAAGAAACUCCCCUCUUCAGUGGCGAGGAAGACGCUGGGGAUCCAGAGCCCCUGAAAUCUUUACGUUCCCUCCAGUGGAAAAACAAAGCGCCCAAUUUCGCAGCCGAAAGACGAUUCAACUCUACCGCUGCCCUAAGGGAACCCUACUGCGCCAUCUGCACUCUCUUCUACCCGUCCCACCAGGUCUCACCGGUGGAAAAGGAGACAGCCCUGCUGCCCAGUGCUGAAAGCCCCUCCCUCCAGCCCCCUUUUAAAAACGGGCAGAAGACCAAGCCUCUGAUCCCUGAAAUGUGCUUCACCUCGAGCAGCGAGAACACGGAGCCCCUCCCGUCCAACUCCUACAUCGGAGACGAUGGGAACAGCUUGUUAAUCUCCUGUGCCAAAUGCUGCCUGCAAGUCCACGCGAGUUGUUACGGGAUACGCCCGGACCUUGUGAAUGAAGGCUGGACCUGUUCCCGUUGCUCAGCAAACUCACAGCUAGCGGAUUGCUGUCUCUGUAAUCUCAGGGGAGGAGCCCUUCAAAGAACUACAGAUGGAAGGUGGGUGCAUGUCAUCUGCGCCAUCGCUGUCCCCGAAGCCCGUUUUGUCAACAUCCUCGAGCGCCACCCUGUCGACAUCACUGCCAUCCUCGAGCAACGGUGGAAGCUGAAAUGCGUCUAUUGCCGUAAGCGGAUGAAGAAAGUAUCGGGGGCCUGCAUCCAAUGCUCCUCCGAGCACUGCUCCACGUCAUUCCAUGUCACCUGCGCCCAUGCGGCAGGGGUGCCCAUUGAGCCCGACGAUUGGCCCUACGUGGUGUCCAUCACCUGCUUGAAACAUAAAGCAGCCAGCCACGUGCUUCCCUUUUCCAGAGAGGUCUCCUUGAGCCAGACGGUAAUUGCGAAAAACCGGAACGGCCUCUAUUACCGGUGUAAAGUGAUCGGGGUGACCACGCAAACCUUCUACGAGGUCAAUUUUGAGGAUGGCUCCUACAGUGAUAACAUUUAUCCGGAAAACAUUGUUAGCAGAGACUGCCUUCAGAUGGGGCCUCCUGCGGAGGGCGAGGUGGUCCAGCUGCACUUGACCAACGGCAUCGCUUACCAAGCAAAGUUCAUCGCUGCCCACGUCAGCCAGAUCUUUCAGGUAGAGUUUGAAGAUGGCUCUCAGCUGAUGGUCAAACGAGGAGAGAUCUACACCCUUGACGAAGAACUUCCCAAGAGAGUCAAAUCUCGCCUGUCCCUGAGCAGCGGAGCGCCUCAGGAAGAGACGAUCUCAGGAGACGACUCGAAAGCAGCCAAGCGCCCGCGGGUGGGCACCCCAAAGAGCUGUGAGGACGGCGGCCCCGGGCCCAACUAUUUCGCCAUCAUGGAGACCCUCCUGCAUGCUAAGUUCUAGCCAAGGACGCCGAGAGGAGCUUCACCAGGCCGAUCAGCGCUUUAAUUUUCAAGGAAAGGAAAGGGGGGGUAAACAGCCCCCCCCCACCCUUACUACCCACCCCUCGGAGAGUUAAUUUAAGUGGAAAAACUGUGGCGAGAGAGACCCAGCCGUCGUGCAAUAACUUGCAAAUUUAAAUUCUUUUCCUUCCAUUUUGGGGUUUUUCUCUUCUUUUUUUUUCUUCUUUUUUCGUUUGUUUUUUGGACUUUUGGGAAGCUUGACUUGCUCCUAGCCUACCUCUGUUCUUUCUGAUGAUUUUUUGGAGUGGACAAAACCUUUUUUUCCCCCUUCUGGGAAGUGUUGGGGGGGGUGGAUUUCACGGGGUGGGACGGGACGGAGAAAACCGUUUCUCCUCCAUACGAAAACUCGGAAAGAAAGGAAUACAGGCAGGCGAAGCGAUUCUGUGACCGAACUUUCAAUCUUUCAUUUGUUUGUUUCCAUUGGUUUCAAAAACAAAAAUGAAAAAAAAAAGCCUCAAGAAAUGGUUGGAAUUUGCAAUGGCAACUCCAGUUUUUAAAUCUCAGCCAUCACACUCUCAUUCUCUCUCUUUCUUCCCCCUCUCCCUUUUUUUCUUUCUUUCUUUCCCUCUCUCUCUCUCUCUUUCGU